UUUUUUUCUCAAACCUCAAACAGAUUAAAAGCUACUCUUACCCUAACAAUUCACACUUGCUAUACCCCAACUCUCCAAGUCAAGAUGUCUCUAGCCACCAAUCAACAAUCUAUUGUUCAGCUAAAUGUGUCAGACCUUAGAUGAGUCAUAAACCAACAUCAAAGUUUCAUGUAUGUCAUGCACAUACCUUUUAUCUAACUUUUCAGCCAACAGCAUCAUCUUGUACACUUAAGACUGCCUUCCCACUCUGCUAACUCCUCCCAAGCCUUUGACUGUAAUGCUACCCUUUAUAAUCCCCACUAUAUCUAUAUGUAACAUGCUACAUUCCUCACCACUGAACUACUGGCUUAAACUUUCCUGCCCAUACAUCAUUUCCAAACAAAUUGCAUCAAUGGAUCUACAAGGAUACACAUCCAACACAAAUCUCACAACCACUAUCUCCAAAAGAUCCUUUAUCAUACCCCAAGGAUUGAAUGUCUGCUUCCUCACAGACUCAAUAUGUCGAGAUAUUAAAGACUACAUGCCAAAAGCACAAUGCUGGGUACACCCAGGGACAACGCUUAUAAGAUCUGCUAUGCAACACAUCUACCACUUUAAGACAGUACACAGCAACAGCAUUGUGAUCCUUCACAUCGGAACAAAUGACAUUGCAAGUGGAGCACCUGCAUCAGUAGUCAUCCAACGCAUGAAAACUCUCAUAACAAGAAUCUCCCUCACUAAUCCUCACAUCCUUUACUAUGGAAUCAGUGCUAUCUUACCACGUCCAACAGAUAACUCUACAACUAAGAACACUGUAAAAGAAUUCAACAGCUUGCUUCGCUACUGGACUGAACAAACAACAAACAUAAUUUUUCUGAACACAACAAAACCAUUCCUAAAAAGUGGAAAAAUAAUCCAUCACCUAUACAAGCAAGAUGGGCUACAUCUCACUACACAAGGAAAACAAAGACUUUUUGCCUACUUCCAGCGUUUCCUCUGGCAUUUUUGUCAUUUUCAAACUCCAACAAAAAAAUGUUUAACUAACUAACACAAAAAACUUUCACAUCUCUCUUGUUAAACUUGUUACUUCUUCCUGAAAAAAUAUAUUUUUUUUAAAUAAUAAAUUUUCUAUUCACAAUACAUCUGCCUUUUCAUAGAGUUUCAUUUUGCCUCUUAAGUAAUCACAACAUUCCUACAACUCUAUCAAAUACAAGCUUAAACAUUCACAACUUCACUAUCGUUUUGUUUAAAUGUAUAUUGUUAGUGCAUUCAAA